UAUAAAACAGGCGUUCGUAGAAGAAGACACGAGACUAAAUAUAGCCUAGAUAAACAGUUUGAUUUUACACUUUUCCCAUGACCAACGACGAAGGCAUUAAUUUUAAAAUCAAUAGUGACACGACACGACACAUGCUUACCGCCAAAGUGGAGGUGAUGGGCCAAUACUUACACUGUUGUGGUCCUGUUUCCUGUCAUUUUUAUCGCCUUCAAUCACACUUCCCAAUACUCAUGAGACUAUAUCUAGUUAAGAAAAGCUCAAUUCAUUCUUCUUAGCUCAAAAUUAGCUUGCCAUGGCUUGCUGAUCAGCAGGGAAUCGUGGGCUUUGGAGGAAUGGAUGAAAACAUUUCAAUUGGAUUGCUCAUUGGAAUCGCAGGUGGAUUUACAUUUGUUAUUGCAGCAGGUAUUAUUUCUGCUUAUUUGUUUCGCCGAAAACACAAAGAUCCAAAGCAGCAGCAGGAACAACAACAACAGCUACAUCAUCUUGGGCAAAAGAAAGAGCAAACUCAGCAAUCUCUUGCAUUGAGAGAACAUGCCAGAGAUUCGACAUCCGAGCUUUCGGAUUGCUGGACAGAAGAUAAUUCCUCUGAUCUAAUUUUGAGUAAAAGAAGCCCAAAAUUCUUGUCAAGCCUGUUGAAUAAGUCUGAAAGUCUCAAAAGUCGGAGGUUUUCUCACAGGGAACUGGAAAAAGCUACUACAGGCUUCACAAAUUUACUGGGAGCUGGGGCCUUUGGUUCCGUUUUCAAGGCUACCUUCCCGUCUGGGAAAAGUUUUGCUGUCAAAGUGCUCAAUCCAUUGUCUGAUCGCUGUGAGAAGGAAUUUCUAACAGAGGUAAUGUUGCUGGAGAGGUUACAUCAUAGGAAUUUGGUGAACUUGAUUGGGUACUGUAUGGAUAAGCAGGGUCAUCGUUCAUUAAUCUAUGAAUACAUGAGCAAUGGUAGCCUCUAUACUUUGCUGCAUGAUAAAAGCCGAGAACCCUUGGGCUGGGAGGAAAGAGUGAAUAUAGCUCAAGACAUGGCAAGGGGUAUAGAAUAUCUUCAUAAAGGGGCAAAGCCUCCAGUUAUUCAUCGAGAUAUCAAAUCUGCAAAUAUAUUGAUAGAUUCAACAAUGACAGCAAGGGUUGCUGAUUUUGGACUAUAUAAGGAUGCAGUAUACCCUCCAUCAGUAAUUGGAGGAACAUGUGGGUAUGUAGAUCCUGAGUAUGUGAGAACAAACACCUUAACAGACAAAAGUGACAUCUACAGCUUUGGGGUUUUGUUGUUUGAACUUGUAUCUGCGGUUGGACCACAACAAGGACUACUUGAUUAUGUGAAACAUGUAUCCAUGAGUGAAGAGACGGAAUGGCUACAAAUAUUGGACCCAAGGCUGCAUCAUAAAUUCAAUUCAGACGAGUUAGAAGCAAUGAUAUCAGUUGCCCUUGAGUGCAUCCAUGAAGUUCCUCGUAAACGUCCCAACAUACAAGAGAUUUCUUUAGCAUUAUCUAAUUUAAGGCAAAGAAUCAGCUUUGCAAGCAUACCUUAGAAUCGUGAAUGAAUUACAAAUGUAUCAUACAUCUAUAUACCUAGAAGCUUAUAGUGUUUCUUGAACAAAUUGGUUUGUUGCUUUUAUUUGAUCAUGUAUAGCAUUUCACUUUUACUUUCAAUGCAAUUAACAUUGUAAAUAUUUCACAGUAAUUUUGAAAGCUUCUUGUUUUUUAAAUA